AUGCCCUCUGCAAAUAUCUCUAGGCACCUCCGCAUAGGAGUCGACGUCGGCGGCACCAACACAGACGGCGUCAUUCUUGAUCCCCUCCAGGCGUCGUCUCCGGGCAAAGGCAUCCUAGCAUGGCACAAGGCUCCCACAACGACCAAUCCAAGCAUUGGAAUCAACGAUGCAAUCACUGCCAUGUUCAAAUCCGCUGCCAUCAGCCCAUCCGAGGUUGAGAGUGUAACCAUUGGCACUACUCAUUUCGUCAACGCUGUUGUUGAACGGGAUACUUCACGACUGUCUACUGUGGCGGUCAUCCGGCUCUGUGGACCUUUUUCAAAGCAUGCUCCCCCUUGCGUAGAUUGGCCGGAUGAUAUGAGGCAGAUGAUUCUGGGCCACUAUGCAUUGCUCAAAGGCGGCUUGGAGGUAGACGGAAACCUCAUUUCAGAUAUUGAUACGCGAGAGAUUAAAGAGCAGUGUGCCAUUAUUCGCAAAAAAGGCAUCAGAAAUGUUGUAGUCAAUGGAGUGUUCAGCCCCAUAGACACCAUAGAGAAGCAAGAGGAACGAGCUUCAGACAUUAUCAAAGCAGAAUUGCCCGAGUGCGAUGUUGUUUGUUCGAAAGACAUCGCCAACCUAGGAUUCUUGGAGCGUGAGAAUGCGGCCAUUCUGAAUGCUUCUAUCCUUUCUUUCGCUAGGAAAACCAUCAGGUCUUUUCAAGAGCCAAUCAAACGCCUCGGCUUACACUGUCCCGUUUUCAUCACACAAAAUGACGGCACCGUCUUAUCAGGGGACAUGGCAGCGAGGUUGCCCGUCAGGACCUUUUCGAGUGGCCCAACAAACAGCAUGAGGGGCGCGGCAUUCCUUGCCCAGGGCGAGAUAUCCGAAGCAGUCAUGGUCGUCGACAUUGGGGGCACAACAACAGAUGUUGGGCUGCUGUAUGCAAAUGGGUUUCCCCGGCAGCAGGCUGCUUACAGCGAUCUUGCAGGCAUCAGAGUCAACUUUUCGUGUCCGGAUAUCAAGAGCAUCGGUCUUGGGGGAGGGUCGAUUGUCAGAACUGACAACGGUCUAACUGUCGGACCAGACAGUGUUGGGCAUAAGCUUCAGCAAGAGUCUGUUGUUUUCGGUGGCAAGGUCAUCACCGCGACUGAUUGUAUAGUGCAAGCGAAUCCUGAUUUAAAUAUAGGCAACAGAGAUCUUGUGAAGGCUGUGCUUACUGAUGAACAGCUGAACCUUUUCAGGGCCGCCCUCAAGGACAAGAUUGAGAAGGCAAUUGACAAGAUGAAAACUUCUCCAGAAGACAUCCCAGUGCUGCUUGUUGGCGGUGGAGCUAUACUGUCGCCUGACGAGCUCAAAGGUGCGAGCCGAGUGAUAAAGCCGGAAUGGUCGCAAGUUGCAAACGCAAUCGGAGCAGCAAUGGCAAGAGUCAGUGCAGUUGUGGAUACUGUCAAAUCCACCGAGUCCAAAACCACCGCUCAGUUGCUGGAAGAGAUUGGCCAAGAAGCAAUUGCAAAGACUAUAUCUGCCGGGGCGUCUCCUGCGUCCGUGGAGAUUGUCGAAAAAGAGACCCUCCCACUCCAAUACAUUGCUCAUAAAACAAGAUUCAUUGUCCGUGCAGCGGGGGAUUUCGAUUUGGGGAGCGUCCAAAUCCACGCAACUCCAGAAGCGGAUAACGAGGGAAAUGACACUGAUAUGAGCCAAUAUGAGAAACUAUCAAAGCGACCAGAAACCACAUCCAAAGAGCAAAUAGACAAGGAUGUCAACAUUGCUCUAUAUAGACCAACAGUUAAAAAUCGCGUUUGGUAUAUAUCGGAAACGGAUGCUGAUUGGAUUGCCACCGGCUGCUACAUCCUUGGAACGGGCGGUGGAGGAUCCCCCUAUUCCCAUCUAGUGCGUCUAAAGCAAGAGCUCCGUAAGGGUGCAAUUGUGAGGGUUAUAAAUCCAUAUGAUCUUGCCGACGACGAUCAGAUUGGUUGUGGAGGAGGUGUGGGCAGUCCCACAGUCGGAAUCGAGAAGCUGCCUGCCGACGAGCUAUUGGAAGCUCAACAAGAAUUAUUCAAGGUCUGUCCUAACCCUGCCACUCACAUGAUUUCCAUCGAAAUUGGAGGUGGCAACGGCCUCCAAGCGAUGAUAUUGGGCGCCAGCACGAAUAUGGAUCUACCAGCUGUGGAUGGCGACUGGAUGGGACGGGCUUAUCCAACAAAAUGGCAGACAACCCCUGUUGUUUUUAACGAAAGGUCUCCUAUCUGGUCUCCCAUCGCCAUGUCUGACGGCAAUGGUAAUGUCGUUGUCAUGCCGAAAGCGACCUCUGACCUUGCUGUUGAGCGUAUCCUGCGAGCGGCUCUGACACAAAUGGGAUCACACACAGGUUGUGCUGAGUCCCCGGUGACAGGAGCAGAAACGAAGCGAUGGGUAGAGAAUAGGGUCGACAACGUAGCCGAGUCCAUCAUCGAGGAAUGCGGCGGAAAAGCAGCUGGUAAAGUGCUCUGGAAGGGUAAGAUUGUCGGUGUUGAGAGGACGCUGAGGGGAGGAUAUGUCUAUGGUGAAUGCUUCAUCGAAGGAGUUGAUGGGACCAUCAAGAUCCCUUUUAAGAACGAAAACAUUGCAGCUCUCAAGGUCCGAGAUGAUGGGAAAGAAGAGCAACAGGAGGACGUCCUAGCCAUUGCCCCGGACCUGAUCACCGUGAUUGAUGCACAGAACGGUGAAGCUAUCGGCACUCCAGAGUACAGGUAUGGGCUGCUAGUAGUAGUGCUGGGGCUGGCCGCCAGUGAUAAAUGGACGGGAAGCCAGAGAGGAAUCGAACUUGGCGGACCAGUGGGUUUCGGGAUAGACCACCUGAAAUUCACUCCGCUGGGUGCGUUUGUCAAGCCGAGGAGCGUUAUUGACGAGUUUGACGGCAUUGUUGAAUAG